UGAACUUCGACUUUCUUCCAGAGUCCUUGUUCUACAGCCCGAGCACCACCCGACCCUGGUGUACUCCUUCUUCUGAAUGAUGACGUCAAAUAUUGUGUUGCAGCUGGGUCUGUUGGUUGUUUUAUCUCUAGCCUCUGCGCAUGCGCAGAACAUGACGGUCAUGUGCUAUUAUUUUGACUGCCCAUCGUACGGCAAAAUUGCUCAACGCAGUACACACGAAGAGCGAGUGUAUGACAGCCAGAAAUGGAUUACCACUUCCGGCGACGUCAAAAACCUUGAAGCGUCUCGCUUGCAGAUGUUCAACAGGCUGCUGUCCUAUCUGAGCGGACUGAAUACACAGAACAAACCAUUGAACAUUACACUGCCCUUCCUGACGAAGGUUGUUCGUGAACCCGGAUCUGACGUCACGACCGAAAUGAGCAUGUACAUGUAUAUCCCUCUGGCCAGCCAAUCGGCUCCACCAACACCCUCUGACCCCAAGGUCAAGGUUGUGUCGACUCCAGUCACCUAUGUAUACAGCACGUCAUUCGGAGGAUACACUUCAAAGUAUGGAGUGAAGAAGACACGGACACAGUUGACAGCUGCCAUCGGCGAUGCUCGUUUAUACGACAACAGCCACUUCUACCUUGCCACUUACAGUAGCCCUCUACAGACGAAGCAGAGGUACAACGAGCUGUGGGUGGUCAGGAAGUAGACACAUAGUGCGUCGGGUCUUCAGUGCAGUUAUGAUCCAAGCCACAAUCGCCUAUUGCUGUUGCUGGGACGAUGUUUCAGAGAGCGCACCUGUAUGCAGAUGAUUGUGAUAGAAGGACUCUCCCUGUGCAGACAUCUGUUGUGUGUUGUCUCGUAAAUUGUUACAGUCCAUGUGAUGCUUGAUUCUGGCUUCGGUGGGAAAGAUAUUUUCUUUCUAACCAUUCCUAUUGACAAUCAAUAAAUAUGUUUUAUAUCGAG